AUGUCAUUUAAACCAAAGAUUAUUGUCUGCAGCUCACCAGCGGAGUUGAGUGGUGUAGCAUGCAAAAAAAUUGUUGACAUCAUUCAUGCAUCAGAACGCACGAAUUGGCCGCUCUCCAUUGCUCUCUCCGGCGGCUCCACACCCAAGAUGCUUUACUCCCGUCUGCACGAGGAGCAUUUGCAUCUGCUGAAGGAGGAGCGGGCGUUGCGUUUCUUUUUUGGCGAUGAGCGGCUGGUGCCCGCCGAUGCCGCGGAGUCGAACUACAACAUGGCAAGGCAGGCGCUUCUGCACGACAUCCCCGAAGAUUUAGUGGUGCCUGUUGACGUGGGAUGCGUGGGGGAGGUAUCGAAUGUUGCCUGCAACGACGCCGUGAAGGCUGCAGACGCGUACGAGAAAAGGAUCGAUUUGCUUCUUGGCACUCAAAAAGUGGAGGGGAUGGAGGCAGAGAUCCCUGUCUUUGACAUCGUCCUGCUUGGCUUGGGCUCCGAUGGACACACCGCCUCGAUAUUCCACGGAUCUCAGGCCGAGAGCGAAAUGCACCGGGCCGUAAGUGUGGGGUUCCCCAGCCCAACAAUGAGCCCAAAGGUCUGGAGAGUGACAUUGACGCCCAUCACUAUCAUUCACGCACGACAUGUGAUUCUUCUCGCAACAGGCAAAGAAAAGAAAUGUGUUCUGAACGGCAUCAUAGCAGACACCCCCACGGAGGUACCCGUUUCACGGUUUCUUCGCAAUUGCAAGGGUGAUGUGACGUUCAUACUGGACAGAGAGAUAGCAGAGAAUCUUACAUGUUAA